UUAAUACCCGCUGGAGUCCAAUCGGUGACAAUGAAAAGUUCAAAUGAAAACUUAAAUGAGAUUUUUUCACUUUUAUUUGUACAUAACUGGGAUGGUUAUGAUGUUAAAGCUGAUGAUGAUGGUGAUGAUGACGAUGAUUGUGUGUAAUUGUUGUAAUAUCGCUAAUGAGGAGAGCAUACGAUAAAUCGAGCAUAUGACGACUGAAUGAAAACAGAUUUGUUGGUGCUGCUUAUUAGCAUCGAACCUGCAGCUGCAACACGUUGCAUAGAGGUACGAUGUCUGGGCCGCCGACAUGCCCCCUUACCCCACCGUAUGGUUAACCAUGACCGCCACCAAUUACGGUAAGCCGCGACCAUGUCCACGGCUCUGUUUGUUGAUAAGCCACUUUCGAAUGCACAGCGCACUUGGCUAUUGACUGUUUUGUUGCUGUUGCUGUUGUUGUUGCUGCUGUUGCUGCUGCUGGUCUGCUGGCUGUUUGGCUGCGUCUGGCGCGGCAAGAAAUUCAGUUGCGCCGCUGAGCUCAAAGAGAAAACAACACACGAAUUACGCGCCAAGCGCCCAGCAGCUGUGAAAGUGUUGGCUCUGCUGUUGGUCAAGUGGCCACAAGCGGCGACCGCCAAUCGAAAGGAAAUUUCGCAACAACAACUGCAAAAAUUAUAUGCACUUUUACUUGUUGCCAGUCUUUACAUCAUCAUCAUCUUCAUCAUCAUUUGCUAUCAUCGCCAUCAAUAACUCACAAUAAUUAUUGUUAUUAUGUACAAGCACACGGUCAAAUCAAAGCUGUCGCAGGCGCGCAGCACACCGCCGUUGCCACCUGCCACGCCCCAUAAACAGGCACACGGCCUGGGCGCUGGCAAAAAGUUCUUCUCGCACAUACGACACAAAAUCGAGGAUAAUCUUACGCCCAAGCUGAGCGGAAAACUCUACUACAAGGGCAGCAAGCACACGCGCUCCAUGAGCGCACUCAGCCUAGUGGACAGCGGCGGCUGUGUGGGUGGCAAGUACACAUCCAAGACGACGGCAUCUGCAGCAGCAGCAGCGGAUGCGCCGACCUGUGCAUCAGUCAGUGGCAAGCCGAUCCUGACGUUGAGUAGCAGCGUUUGCAGCUAUGUGGACAGCGAUGAGGAGAGUCACAUGAGCCUGAAUCUGACACAGCAAUCGCUGGAAGAUGAGAUAUUUGCGGAGCUGGAGAAGGUCGCGCACGAUGAGAGCAAACUGAACGAGGUGCUGCAGAGCUUCGAUCAAAUAUUGCAGGAGUAUCCACCAGUGGAGGAGCUAGAUUUGCAGCUGGAGCAACCAUUGCCGCUGACGCUAACGCUGCCACCGCCGCCAGCUGAGUUCAGCGAUCGUCAGCUGUUGUCCAAAUCGCAUAGCACGCUGAGCAUGGCCUCGAGCAGGCGACAGAUCUACCAGACGCCCGAAUUGGCCAACUCGAUGCUGUUGCGCCGCAGCGACUCCAGGUCGAAACAACGCUACAAUUCUCUGUGCGACAUCAGACAGUUGAGCGGCAGCCGCAUACCCAUAUCCAAGCACUCCAGUCUGCGCUGCCUGGAGAAGGCCAGUGCCGCUAGCAAAUCGCAGCAAGCACAGCAGCAACAGCAACCAAAGCAGCAACGCACCAGAUCCAUGCUGACACUUAGCAGUCGCAACUGCAGCAGAGCCAAUGCGGCAGCCAAAAUGAAGCCGCUACCGGCGCCGCCAGGGUCUGUUGUGCCGCCCAAGCGAGCCAACUCAACGCUGGAGCGUCGCCAGUUGGUGACCAAGCCGCCCAGACGUGCCAAUUCGACAUUGAAAGCGACAGCCAACCGAUCACCGAAUGCGCACAGCGAUGAGCUGUUGGUCAAGUGCCUGGCCAAGGGUCAUGACCUGCUGCGUCAAGUGGAGAGCCUAAAUGCCGGCAAGCCACGGCCCAGUCGCGGAGUUAGUAAGGAGCACACGCAGCUGCUGCGACAUAAAAAGAAACAGCAGCUACAAAAGCUGCACUACGCCAACGAGGAGAAAGUGGGCAAACCCAAGCUAGAAUCGUGCAAGAUAAUACCUCCCAAGCUGGGCGAGACCUCCGAUAAAAAUCAAGAGCUGCUGGUCAAAGUGGUGCAACAGCAGCAGCCGCCGCAGCAUAAGCCAAUAAAAGCUGUUGAACAUAACUCAAACUCCGACUCGGAUGACUCGGGUCACAUAAGCAACACUGUGUUGUCAUCGGCAUCCAACUCCACCAGCAAUUCAACUGGCAGUCUGUGCGAGUCUGAGGGCGAGGGCGAGGGUGAGGGCGAGGUUGAAACAGAGCCGGCCAAAAGCUGCUGCAAGCCCAACAAAAUUGCGCAGCUAUUGCAACAAUUUGAGGCCAGGUCGAAAUGCCAAACGGAUAGCAACCAUAUGAUUCCAACGAUGACGACGACUACGACCAAAGUGGCGCAGGUGCGGGCGGUGCGCUGCAUACAAACGCAGGUGGAGAUCUAUCCCACCUAUAUGAAAGAGGUAACUAUGCAGCUGCACUAGCUAGCGACUCCCCAGCAAAGGCCCUACCAUAACUUAACCACUUUAUACGCUCCGGCUAUAUCUAUUAGUUACAACUAUUUCUUAACUAUU